GAUUAUGACUUCAUUCGAGCACAAUUGGAUAUCUGCAAGGUGGGCCAUGGUCAAGAAUGUAACCCAUCAAUGACUGGUAAGCAUACUUUAAGGGUCAUAGAUUGCAGAUCCCGCCGGCUUACAACGGUAAACCCUGAUGAGCCAUACAUAUGUUUGAGCUACGUGUGGGGUAGCGGCAAUAUGCAGGAUGCCAGGGAAUUUGGGGAUAAGCUGCCAGCGAGCGUCCCCAAAACUGUCGAAGACGCCAUGUUUGUAGCAAUUACCCUCGGCAUACCGUACCUAUGGGUAGAUCGGUAUUGCAUCGAUCAGGGAAAUCACGAAGAGAAGCAUCGGAUCAUUCAAAACAUGAACAGAAUUUAUGAACAGGCAGAAGUUACAAUCAUAGCUGCCAUUGGAGACGACCCCAAUCAUGGCCUUCCAGGAGUUCGAGGCACAUUGAGAGAAAGGCCACUCACCCUUGAAAUAGGAGGAGCAACCUUCGUUUCGGUUGAAGAUACUACAAAUGAGAUAAUGAAAACAAAGUGGUGGAGUCGUGGAUGGACGUACCAAGAAAUGCUCCUAUCUCGUCGGCGAUUGGUCUUCACCAAAACCCAAAUGUAUCUUCAAUGCAGAAAGAUAUAUUGCAUGGAGACUUUGCAUCCGGAUUUCACGGCUUCUGAUACAGAACCUUUCCCGACAUAUCAAUGUUUUCCAUCUCAAGGUAUUGGCCAAUCCAUUGUUGACCUAUCCAGUAGGCUGGAGGAAUAUUACCAAAGAGAGCUAUCAUUCGACACGGACUCUAUACUUGCAUUCGAUGGCAUCAUCAAUGCAUUUGACGAAUUAAAG